AACCACCUUUCAAAAAAGACGAAUGAAAUAGUGCAAUAUAAGAGGAUUAGGACAGGAACACAUAAGGUAUUUAUAGAAGAACUGUGACCUGAAUAACCCAGUCAAUGCGACCCCCCAAACACACCGAGGACCAGACAACAGACAACAACACUGGCUGGCAGAAAAAGGUUCACAGGAGAUCUGCCUCAUUAUCAACAUCCACACACACAGUGUCAUGGAUCUGGACACAUCCGGAGGGAUUUCUGACGAUGAUUCUGCGACUCAACUCAUGAUCGAACAGAGUCUCCGGCAGCGACACAAGCAAACCGAGAUCAAGAAGUGUGUGUCUGGUGACGCCUGCAAGAUUAUUCAGAUCAGCCCUGAGAGAGAGAAGAUAUUCAAUGCAAUAAAGCAUGGAGAUGAGGACACUCUCUGUAAGCUGUGUGUCCAUCAGCAGGCUUUCUCUGAAGAGGACGACACGGGCUUCACGCCUUUACACGAGGCCGCCGUACAGAACAACCAGAACAUCCUUCAGAUCACAUUUACCGCCUCUCCUGAGGAGGCGAAGCACAGGAAGACUCCGCGGGGAAAGACCGCUCUCUUCUUAUCUGUGGAAAAGGGUCUUUUGGACAACGCUGGUUUCUUGCUGAACAACGGCAGCGGAGCAGAUACCCUGGACCUGGAGGAAGACUCUCCUCUCGUCAUAGCUAUAAGAAAUAAGCACUACGACAUGACGAAGCUUCUGCUCAACUUCAGCGCGAGAGUUGACCAGGAGGGGGCGCACCGCAGGACGGCCCUGCACGAAGCUGCUCGACUGGGCCUGGACGAGUUCGUGGAUCUGCUGCUGAAGAGCGGAGCUCAUCCGGACCCCAGGAGCUCCUACGGCCUGACCCCGUUAGCAUUAGCUGCGCAGGCGGGACACCUGGAGAUCACUCGGACGCUUCUCCGCAGAGGUGCGGAUGUGGAGUCUCAGGCUCAGGAUAGCGCAACGGUCCUGUAUGAGGCGUCUGCUUCUGGAAACCCAGAUGUCGUAUCAUUACUGCUGGAGUACGGGGCCGAUGCAAACAUCCCCAAACACACGGGACACCUUCCCAUCCACAGAGCGGCCCACCGUGGACAUGUGAAGGCUCUGGCUCUCCUGAUCCCCAUCACGACGCUGGAUGCAGUGUAUGACAGUGGGAUGAGUCCUCUUCAUUCAGCAGCGUCUGCUGGACACACACACUGUCUGGAGAUGCUGAUCAACGCUGGCUACGACCCCAACUUCAUGCUUCAUCCAUGGGUUCGGCGUAACUAUGAUGAUAACCGCCAGUCUGCGCUUUACUUCGCCGUAGCCAAUGACGACGUCGCAUCCGCCAGAGUUUUACUGGAGGCCGGAGCGAUGCCCAACCAGGAUCCCGUGAAGUGCCUCCAGGUGGCGCUGCGUCUGGGAAACUAUGAGCUCAUCAACACUUUACUUCGAUACGGAGCCAAUGUGAAUUACUUCUGCAGGGUGAACACCACGCACUUUCCCUCGGCCUUACAGUACGCUCUAAAGGACGAGCUGGUGCUGCGGAUGCUGUGUAACUAUGGUUACGAUGUGGAGAGAUGCUUCGACUGUCCGUAUGGCGAGGGAUCUCAUGUGCCGAGUGGUUAUGAGGGCUGGAGUGAUGCUGUCAUUAAAGACACCCUGUUCUGUGAGUUCAUAUCGGUCUAUUGGCUGAAGGAUCUCGCGGGAAACAUGGUCCGCAUCAUGCUGGAUUACGUAGAUCAUGUGACCGUUUGCUCCAAACUGAAGGCUUUGCUUAUGGAGCAGAAACAGUGGGCUGAAAUAUGCAAAAUUCAAGAGAACGUGCGCGGUCUGCAGCAUCUGUCUCGGCUGAAGAUCAGAGCUUGUUUGGGUCGACUGCGCUUGAGAGCUCCAGUUUUCAUGAGUUUCCUUCCAUUGCCAGACCGACUGAAGCAAUACAUCCUAUACAGAGAAUAUGAUCUCUACAGUCAGAAAUGCCCAACGCAGAGCAAAUGACCCAGAACACACAGCUGUAGAACACAGAAUUACUCAAUUAUGAUGUAUAAUGGACACUGUUAACGUGUUUUUACAGAAUAUACAUUCUUGGAAAAUAAACAAAGUCUUAAUGUUAAUAAAUAUGUAUAGAC